GGGCCCCGAGGACAGGCAGCGGGCGGGGACCUGAGACCCUGGGGCGGUGCGCACGGCUGGCGCUGCACGCCCUCAAGUGUCCGGUCAGAGCUUGGGAAGACCUAGCUCCACGGUUAGGAACGGAUUAUCCGGAACACUGGAGGGUCAAAAAAUUAGACAUGUUGGGUGCCAGCCCUGUGCGCGCCCACCGAGAAGCAAAAAGGCGAAAUCAAACAGGCACACGGCUGUCCUGAGACUGGAUAAGUUAUGUACUAAGAGGUGGCAAGAUGGCAAGAUAAAACUUGGGGAGGAUUUUUUGAAGGCGCUGGGCCUGCCUCGGAGGCAUGCUGAUCCCAUUUUCAAUGAAGAAUUGCUUCCAGUUACUUUGUAACCUCAAGGUCCCAGCAGCUGGUUUUAAAGACACAGUUAAAAGUGGGCUCAUUUUGCAGUCAGUUUCCAAUGAUGUUUACCAAAACCUGGCUGUAGAAGACUGGAUCCAUGACCAUAUGAAUCUAGAAGCCAAGCCGGUUCUUUUCUUUUGGAGGAAUUCUCCCUCUGUUGUAAUUGGUCGGCAUCAGAACCCUUGGCAGGAAUGUAACCUGAAUCUGAUGAGAGAAGAAGGUGUAAAACUAGCUCGGAGGAGAAGUGGAGGAGGAACAGUCUACCAUGAUAUGGGUAACAUCAACUUGACUUUUUUUACAACCAAAAAAAAGUACAAUAGGAUGGAAAAUCUAAAAUUAGUUGUUAAAGCUCUGAAGGCUGUCCAGCCGCAGCUGGAUGUGCAGGCUACCAAAAGGUUUGACCUUUUCCUUGAUGGACAGUUUAAAAUCUCAGGAACAGCUUCCAAGAUUGGCCAGACCGCUGCUUAUCACCACUGCACUUUGCUAUGCAGUACCAAUGGGACCUUCUUGUCAUCUUUGCUGAAGAGCCCUUACCAAGGGAUCAGGAGCACUGCCACUGCGAGCACACCUGCCUUAGUAAAAAAUCCUAUGGAAAAAGAUCCCACUCUGACCUGUGAAGUAGUGAUAAAUGCUAUUGCCACAGAGUAUGCUGCAUCUCAUCAAAUCGAUAAUCACAUUCACCUAAUAAACCCAACAGACGAGACGCUGUUUCCUGGAAUAAACAGCAUAGCCAAAGAACUACAGGCCUGGGAGUGGAUAUAUGGCAAAACUCCAAAGUUCAGUGUAAACACUUCCUUCACUGUGUUAUAUGAACAUUCACACUUGGAAAUUAAAGUAUUCCUAGACAUAAAGAACGGAAGAAUUGAAAUCUGUAAUAUUGAAGCACCUGACCAUUGGUUGCCGCUGGAAAUACGUGACAAGUUAAAUUCAGGUUUUAUUGGUAGUAAAUUUUGCCCAAUUGAAACGACUGUGCUUACAAGUAUAUUACAUAGAACAUGUCCAGAAGAUGAUGAACUACACAGUAAAUGGAAUAUGCUCUGUGAAAAAAUUAAGGGAAUAAUGUGAUUCCAAGUAAAUUUCUUAAUAUUGACAGUUUCAAUGAGAGAAUUUAAAAUGUCUACAGUACAUUGUAUGUCUCUUAAAAUAAAAAAGAUCUAGUCUCCUUCA